AGGGAAUUGGUAGCAACACCAGAGGAGCCAAGCACCAGCUACUGGUUGAUAGAGCAGUCGCCCAAGACUGUAACGAGCAGGAAGACCAACCAGUGUACCGCCUGGAUCGACUACAAGAAAGCUUACGACUCAAUGCCCCACACGUGGAUACUGGAAUGUCUGGACUGUAUAAGAUCAACAGGAACCUAAGGGCCUUUAUCCAGAACUCGAUGGGAAUGUGGAAGACAACCCUAGAAGCCGACUCCAAGCCAAUUGCCCAAGUCAACAUCAAAUGCGGCAUAUACCCAGGAGAUGCGCUAUCACCACUGCUGUUCUGCAUAGGCCUGAACCCCCUCAGUCAGACUCAUCACAAAGACUGGUUACGGGUCCCAAUUCCGAAGUGGAGUACCAUUAGCCACCUGCUCAGAGGGCAACAUAGAAACCCGAUAAGAGUUGCGGAGGAAGAGGAGCAGACAACCUGGAGGGACAAGCCCCUACAUGGCAUGUACCACUGCCAAAUUGGAAAAGUGGCUGAUAUUGAGAAGACCUACCAAUGGCUGGAAAAGGCUGGACUCAGAGACAGCAGGAGAGGCACUGAUCAUGGCAGCACAAGAACAGGCCCUAGCUCAGAUGUACAACCACAACUGAUGCGUUGGGCUCUGUUGGUGCAAGGUUACGACCUGAAGAUCAAGCAUAAUAAGGGGGAUAAUGGGAACAUCCCAAGCCUCUUAUUUGACAUUUCCUGCUCCUCGCUCCGCGCUGGAACCGGAAGUUGUUCUGGUCCGCCAUCUUGCAGGCCGUCGUAA